GCCUGCACGCGCGUAAGGUCAAAGAGGCCUCUGAAAGUAGAGACCUGGCAGUUGCUCGAAGGCCUCUUUUAGUUGACUGCGAUGUCUAUUCAGAGCCGGAGUGUGAGGAGAGUAAGACUAGAGCUCCACGCAGCAGCUGGUCGGCCAGGAAUCUGACGAACCGGAACGCAAGGAAUGAAUCCCUUCGGUUAAUUAUUCAACCACGCCGUCUCAGUAUAUGGCACUGUGCGUAAACCCUCAACGAGUCCUCCUGCGAGAAGAAGUGCGAGGGCUGAUGUCAUGGGACUGAUGCAGCAUGUAGAAACGUUAUUUUUAGGUCUGUUGAAGCCGAAUGAGAUGACUCCUGGCGGCCCUGACAUUACUUCGCUCUCGGGUUACUGUGGAUCAAUAAGAGCAGAGCUAAGCAUAGCUGCAGUGUAACUGGAGACGGGCUCCGAUCUUCAGCUUCUGACGGCUGUGUGUUCAAUGAACGGCGUCUCCAUGAUUCAGGCCUUCAGGCAGGUUCCUGCUGGCAGACGUGUUCGAGUUAAUGAUCACCGUUUCUGACUCUGUGGUGAAGUCUCACGAGUGCCUUGACCUUGUGUGAAGCUGUGGUAAUGCCAAAAUGUUCAGGGAUAGAGGGACUGCUGGGUUCUCUAGGUGUUUCAGGGAAGGACCUAACAGAUUCACACAGCGGACUUGACCGCUUCGGCGAAAGAAACGGUGAGUGUGUUUAGUGGAGGAAAAAAGAUGUGUGAGCAAAGCUCAGGCGAAGCUCUUCAACAAACACUCGAGACAAAACAUGUUUCAGUUAUCACACAUUUUAAAAAAUACCACUGUUCCUGUUUGAAAGGCCUGGAUGAGGCCAGCUGCACUUACAUGAUCACAGGUUUAUAUUUGGUCGAAAGGGCAAGCUUUUCUGACUUUAGCUGUACAAUCUGUACAAAGAAAUUAUGUAUGAAACCUAUGUUUUUGUGCUCUUAAACGAUUCACGUUUUUCCCUCCGAAUAAACGUUUUCAAUGGAUCUGUGACACUGUCAUGGCGGAGAAGUUUUAUCUCUCUCCACUAGAUGGUACACACACCGUUUGCUCUCUUCCGGUCACUCUUGAUCUCACGAUCAUCUCAACGGCGUUUCAAAGUAAUACUAGUUAAAAGUUAGCGCAAUGAGCGUAAAUAAAUAAACCUUCGAUGUAUUUAUCGUUACCAGGCACGUAUAUAUAUUUACGAUCAGGCCCAGCGUUUGUUUGCUCCGUCAUCGUUUGGCGCGCCGGAAGUUGUUCGGCGUAGCAGCACGUCAUCUUCGUGCGUCGCGCGCGCUCUCCGUUGGGCUCACGCAGGAUCGACCGUCUGAACUACAAGCAUGGCUCGAAAUGCAGAAAAGGCCAUGACGGCCCUGGCCAGGUUUCGUCAAGCCCAGCUCGAAGAGGGAAAGGUUAAGGAGAGAAGACCUUUCCUGGCUUCGGAGUGCAAUGAGUUACCCAAAGCGGAGAAGUGGAGGAGACAGAUCAUCAGUGAGAUCUCAAAGAAGGUGGCGCAGAUUCAAAACGCUGGUUUGGGUGAAUUUAAGAUUCGUGAUCUGAACGAUGAAAUCAACAAACUGCUCCGAGAGAAAGGACACUGGGAAGUCCGGAUCAAGGAGCUGGGAGGACCUGACUACAGGAGAGUGGGGCCGAAGAUGUUGGACCAUGAGGGUAAAGAGGUACCAGGAAACAGAGGAUACAAGUAUUUCGGUGCAGCGAAAGACUUACCAGGAGUCCGAGAGCUGUUCGAGAAAGAGCCUAUACCACCUCCCAGAAAAACCCGAGCUGAGCUGAUGAAGGACAUUGACGCCGACUAUUACGGCUAUAGAGAUGAAGACGAUGGGGUUUUAGUACCGCUGGAGCAGGAAUACGAGAAACAAGUCAUAGCAGAGGCCGUGGAGAAAUGGAAAGCAGACAAAGAGGCUCGGCUAGCUGCUGGCGGGGGCGCGAAAGACGCCGAGGAGGAGGAGGAAUACAUCUACGCCGUCGGAAACGAAGAGUCUGAUGACGAAGCGGGAGAACCGAUGGAGGGAGAAGACGGCUCGCAGUCCUUCAUCGCCCACGUGCCCGUUCCCACGCAGAAGGAGAUUGAGGAGGCCCUGGUGAGACGGAAGAAAAUGGAGCUGCUGCAGAAAUACGCCAGUGAGAGUUUGAUGGCUCAGAGCGAAGAGGCCAAAGCUUUGCUGGGUUUAUAGAGGGAUGUGUGUGUGUGUGUGUGUGUGUGUGUGUGCAGUUUCACACAGACAUGAAUCUUAAUGUAAAGGUGAGGCUCAUGCACACAAAAGACGAAAAUAUUGGUCCAGUUUAACUUGACAUUAAAAGACAUCGUCGUGUGAGCUGUUUUUUGCAAGUUGCCUCCCUACUACUUUUGUUCGUCCUUCAUUUUGUGGACCCGUGAAAGAACUGCAGCGCUGUAAAUAUUUUGUAUACUGUGUUCCCUCUGACAAAUAAACUGCUUUUUUUUCUUUUACAGAA